AUGGCGUCGACUGUCCGCACAGUGGAAGGCGCCAGUGGACUGCGCAUAGAAAAUAACGUGAACGGUAGCCAAAAAAGGGAGCCACAUGUUGAAAAGUGCGGGGGAGUUUUAUAUGUGCUCUCCACGGUUGAGCUGCCGGCAGCGACGGAUGAUGUGGUGGAUAGCGAUGUGGACUUCGAGUUGGAACGGCUAUGCUCGGUUGAUGGUUCGGACCCAUGA